AUGGAGCAAUCUCAAUCCCUUGUUCCGCACUCUAUUCUCAAUAGAGUUACUGGGAGGUCCAAGACAGAUGCUGUGGUAGAGCUUGAAACGGCAGUUGCCCAGUUCCAGGCCCGGCUUCAGGACGAUGAGAGAAUCAGGCUGCAGAGCCUGAAAACAACCCCGCAUGAUAUUCAGGGCGUCAUCGUCUUCACAGCUGAGCUUGACCGCUCUGAUCCAACGCGGAGAGGCAAGAGUGUUGCGACGAGGCUGUCGUCGUUUCUUCAAACGAUCCAGCAAUUUUUUCCAGCAAUAGAUGCUUUCGUGUCUUCAAACCCAGAACUGGCAGCUUUGAUUUGGGGGUCUGUCAGAUUGACCUUUCUGAUACUUAGUAAUUUCCUCUCAUAUUUUGAGUCUUUCGUGGAACUUCUGCAUGGCUUUAGUGGCCUCUAUUCCAGAUUCUCCGAAUAUCAAACAUUGUUCAAAACCUCUACUGAACUACGAGACUCGAUAUGUCGAUUCAAUACAGCUAUCAUCACGUCCUGCGAGAAGAUUGUUGCCUUGGCACACCGACCAAAAAUGUCUCAAAUUGCGAAGGCUUUAACAAGCUCGUUCCAAUCAGAGAUGCGGCCGUACAUUGAUGCCGUCAAAGAGAAGGCAGAAGAUGUCCAGCGUGACAUUGAACUUGUAAAAGCAAAGACCGACCGUCAUGAGCAGAAGGUGCAAAAAAGGGAACGAGAAGAGGCGUCUGAAAAUCGAAGCCUGGUAGUUUCAAGCCUGUCUAAGAACUGGAAGCAGUUGAGUAAAGUCAGGAAAGACUUCAGGAAAGCAUCCACUGGACGAAAGCAACGGCAAUCUCUCGAUGGAUUGAGCAAUUAUAAUCGAUACAUCACAAAUCUGAACAGUGCUCGGAACAAACGCCAUUUACAGACUGCGUUUUGGAUUUUUGAGACACAGGAGUUCAAAGACUGGUAUGCUCUGAAAGAUGCACCUGUUUUGCACAUCACAGGCAAGAUUGGAUCUGGAAAAACCAUCCUAUCAUCUCGCGUCAUAGAAUUUAUCAAUGACAAGCAAAGUGAAUCCGAAGUCGUCUCUUUCUUCUUCUCCCGCUUCGAUGACUUUGCGAGUCUCGACUGUGAUACUAUACUCCGGUCACUGGUCUCUCAACUCGUCUCACGCCCCUCCCUAACCAAGAUCAUUGAAAGAGAGAAUUUAUACAAUGACUUAGAGUUGGCGAGAGACCAAUGCUAUUCCCGUGAAUCAUUGAAGAAACUAUUUCAACGUUCGAUAGGACUGAUCGAAAAGUGGUUCAUAGUCCUGGACGGCAUCGACGAGUGUAACGCAGAGGAGCGACGGGGGCUGUUUGAGUUCUUAUCAGAUCUUGUCGCACACAAAGACACAUCUGGAAAAGUCAAAUUACUGCUAUCCUGCAGGGAGACGCUCAAUCACGACAUCAGAAAGUGGUUUCCCUCACCGUUACAUGUUGUAACAGGGUCAACGAAAACUAGUCAAGACAUAUUGACAUAUGCUGAAGAUAUACUCCGCGCCAAGCUCUCGAAGGGCGAACUCGUCCUCGGCGACAUCGACCUUGCUGAAGAGAUUCUCCAGUCAAUUUCAAUAAAAGAACAGGGAAUGUUCCUAUGGGUGUUUCUUUCUAUUGAGGACAUUUGCAGUCGAAAAAGUGAUGCGGACAUUGCACAAGCACUCGAAACAUUACCUUCUGAGCUUAAUGUUACCCUUGAUCGGGCACUUGAACGAAUAUCCCGCCACAAUAAUGCAGAAAUUGCCAAAGCUAUUUUUCGCUGGACAGCAGUCGUGCGCGAACCAUUGAAGAUUGACCAAUUGCGGGAAGCACUGUCGAUAAAAAUUGGGGCCAAAGUGAUUGACCCCCAAUCUCAGAUCAAUGGCAUCGAAAGACUCACUCAGUGGUGUGAGAAUCUUGUGCGUAUUGAAGAAGAAGACGAUACUGUUCGUUUCAGCCAUCAUUCAAUUCUUAACUAUUUAUCCCAAAUGGAUUCUGGACUAUGGAAAGAAUUUCACAUCGACUACCAACAGUCAGAUCAUCAUGUCGGCCAAGUUUGUCUGACUUAUCUGAAUCUUAAAAGUCCUUCCACGGCACUCCAGCGUGCCAGACACGGAAGUUCUAAUGAUCCAUUCCAACCACCAACAAUCAAUUUCCCCAUGACAGCAAUUGCCCGGCAAGCCAUGAAGGAAGUCGCCACAAGCGGCGUUGGGGCAAGGGCUGGCAAGCUAAUGGACGGUGCUAUUCAAUUGAGAGAAAUGGCCCAUUCGUCUCGAUUCUCUAACACCCAGGCGGUGAUAGACGUCGAAUACCCAUUGACGUCCCAUUUCCCAUUCCUUCAGUACGCGGACACAUACUGGCAGAGUCAUAUUCGAUUCUUGACUUCGGAAUCGCAAUGUUUUCCACUUCUUGUAGGUAUGGUAGAAGGCAGCCUUCUUGCCCACAAAAUGCCUUGGAUGGACAAGAAGUGGCGUUCUUCCACGGCCAAAGAGGUGAUAAGUCUUUAUGAAUUCGACUUCGACCGUCAGGCUUCGCCAUUCUACGCUGUCAUCUAUGCAAAUACCAUCGGAAGCCACGACUUGCUAUGUCAAGCUACUGCAAUUAUUGAACAACAAAACGUUACGGACGAUGAGCUGACUGUACCAUGGCUUUCGUUCUUGGUAGAAGAAGGACAUCUUGAAUGCCCUAGAAACUGCGUUGCAGAGGCCCAGAAACAUGCUGGUCAUGAUUAUGUCAUCAACUGUAUAACACAAUACAUAGCUGAUGGUAUCCCGGAAUGGCCGGCUCUUGUUAGAAGCCCUGGAACGUCUUGUGAAUGUUCGACUUAUUUCAAAAAAAGUGGUAUCUAUGAAGAUCUACGUUUCGUUCUUGUUGAUGGGUACAGAAGGAGUUCACAUCCCUUACUCCAAAUAUUCUCCGGGGCGUUUUGGGGUAGCCUUACAAAAGAAGGGCUAGAGAUGCUUAGCCAAGAGUUCAACCUCACAGAGCUCGAUCUGUUGAGGGCCAGGACCAUCUCUGGAAAGAGCAUACUUGAUUGCCAGGCCGAGAAGGCAGAAUGUCUCAAGCCAGGUUAUGAUUCUCACAAACCACAUCAGCUACUUCUUGACAUACUUGACCGUGAGGACGUUGUAGCACAUGCGCAAGAAAUAGGGUUUGGACUUGAUGAACUGCGAGACUUACUAACAAAUGGACUACGGUGGGCAUAUCGAAAAACAAACGACGAGAUGGGAAAGCAUUUAUCGAAAAUUGUUCAGAACCUAACUCUUUCUGAAACAGAUCGAAUAACAUUCAACGUUUGCAUCUUUGACAUCGCAGAGCAGACAAUAAGGGAAAAAACAAAACGACAAAUCAUGGAGUUUGUGGCUGAGGCAUCAGUAAUAUUUUACCUGCAGUCCGCAAAUCGCCUGGCACGUUUCCCUGAGGAAAGUGUUUGCGUCAGCUUUGAGCAAGCACUAAAAGCUACAAAUUGGAUACUGGCAAAAACUUUGGCAGAUAAGCUACCACGGUUGUUGGCGAAUACCAUCUCGAAUCAACGCGCGGGUAUAUUGUUUGCGAUUUUGACUUGUCGUCGGUGCAAAGUGAAGGAGGAUCAUAGUGUCAGUAUCUCGAACUGGCGACUGACUCUUUGUCAACCUCAUCGUGAACAAGCCAGGGAAUCAUCACGCUCAGGAGUCAAAGCGGUCGAGGAUUGCGAAAGUGAAUACAUUGACCUUCUCAAGCGUCUCGGAACAGAGGGUAGUUUAGUCAGUUACCUGGAUUAUUCGUAA